GCUGGUCUUCAGUUGGGGAAGCGGAGCGGAAAAUCGCCAGUGGUUGAACUACAUAUCUGGAGGCGCAGUUCGUGGGAAAAACAGCAACGAUACAACCAGCAGCAUUGUCGUUUUCAUUUCCUUUCUAGCUACGUCUACGACUCUCGGAGCGGACUGGUCUGAUUUAGGAUAUAUACUAGUAUACGAGGGUCUGAGACAGAGAAGAGGGAGACAGAAUGGUGCUGUGUUGUCGGAUGCAGGAGAUCCGGGCCAUGGCCUGUGUGCUGGCGGCCGCCACCCUGGUCUUAACCAUCGUCGCUACCGCCACCAGCACCUGGCGCGUCACGGAGGAGACGUUCUUCAGGGAGAGCUUCGGGAUUUUCAUCUCCUGCAGAUUCCAGGGGUACUACCGGAGCUGUAGGCUGCUGGAUAUCGGAGCGAACGAGGGCUGGCUUCACGCGGUCCGGUUCCUGAUGGUGUUCUCCAUCUUCACGGCGUUCGUCGCGCUGGUGCUGGGCAUUCUGGGCUUCAUCUGCAUCUCUCACAAGAUCAACCAGCCUAAAGUGGCAGGCGCACUCAUGAUCCUCACAGGUCUCCUGAUCAUGAUCGCCGCUGCCCUGUACACGGGUUUCACCACGAACACGCUGGGCCCAGGCGGGGCCGUGCUGUACUGGGGUUACUCCUACAUCAUCGCCUGGGUGUGCAUGGUCCUGGCUCUCAUCUCAGGCCUACUCUUCUUCCUCGUGUACGAUCUUCCCAAGGACAUGUGGGACCCGUAUGAGGGAAGCAUUUAUAUGUAACUUCACAGGAUUCAUCCAGUCAAUGUAUUGUAUUAAUGUUAGAUAUAACGUUACAUGUAAAUGAGUACUCUCCAAGCAGAGGUUGGUGGGGGAAGAGUUUUAAUCUGUCUAAUAUGCCCCCUUUUUUCUGUCGCUACCCACAUGACAGAAAAAAAAACUCUCUCACCAACCUCUGCUUGGAGAGUAGUAAAUGAGUAGGCUGUUACAUUCCAAAGCUAUUCUUUCCCUCAGACUCAGAGCCUAUACUAGUACACACUCAAAUAUAUAUAACCAGCUCUUCAGUCUUAUGUCUGCAAAUGUAUAGUUACAAUAAUGAAAGUAUGUAAUGAAUGCAGUCAGAAAUCUAAGUGCACUGCACAACUUAGUACUCUUUUUCAAUCAGAGGUAUUUUGGUGCUGAUGUUGUUACUAAACAAUACUGUAAAUGUUGCAGAUCAAAGGUUUAGACCCAUUGCCCUGGAAAACAAACUGUGCGUUUCUAAAGGAAAUAUACAACAACACUUGUGUCAAAAAACACUAGUAUUCUUAAAGAAGUUGUUCUUGACCUUUAAAACACAGCAAUUGUAUCUACUGCCAGAACUACAUACAUCGUUAAAAUCGCAUUCCUGGCAGAAAAAUAAUGAACCAAGUCUGCUGUUUACUUAAAUUUUGCUAUAUGCCUUUGGCUAUUUUGCAUAAAUGUGUGAAUAAAAAUCCCUCUGUCAUGUCUUUCUCAGAAGUGUUGACUCUGUUCGUACAGUUUGUAAAUGCAUACACAUUUUGCCAUUAAGAUUUAUAUAUUUAUAAGGUCAACUACAUACACAAACUGUACCAGACAACAUGAUUGCGGUGUUGUCAAAUUUGCUUUAAUCAAUGAGGAAAACUUGAUACAGGGCACUGCAAAAGUGACAUUACACGUAUAAAUAGUUACACCAAAUUACAGUUCACAAACACAUUCCUGACUUGUGCACCAUAUUCAAAACGUGUGGCAAGAAUGUGCUCUCAUUUCCAUACUAUAUACAGAUACAGAUACUUUCAAUUCCACGAUACGUACACAAGUACAUCCACAAGACAACAAUGGCUUUGACACAUAUUGCAGUCAACCAUCCAAAUUGGAACUUGGCUUAAGCUAUCUUCAGUGAAAUACUAUUACUAAUAGUCUUGGUUGAACUGGAUUUGCCUCCAUAAAUAUUACAUCUUGGCUUUCAUUUCAGGCCUCUAUUACUGCAUGCCCAAAAUGAACAGUCCAAUUCGGACUUGGUAGGAACAAUGAGUGCACAACUACAUGUAUACUGACAU